GACACUUCAGUAGAAGUACACUUCUGCAGGCUUUGCGCAGUUUGUAAGAACAAUGCUUUAGGCUUACGUUGUUCAGUUUAACAUAAAUUACCUUCAUUGUUUUGCGAACGACGUAAUAUGCAAACAAUACUGGACGAUCUGCAGAUGAACAAAAAUAUCAAAAUGCAUCGGAUUGGAAAUUUAUGGUGAGACGAUAUGGUAUGACGCACAAACUGCUUCCCAGGUGUAGAAAAUCACUGUCGUACUUUGGAUAUGGCUUGUUCUACAACACACAGCCAGGACGAAACAUCCUCAGGGGAAUCGGAUGAUGAGCUAUUUUUUGUUGGGGUGUCUGGUGUCUCAAAGCAAGUUUCCCCUCUGAAGCUUAGAGACAAAACUUGGUCAAACCCCAAAGAAGAAAGAAAGCCUGUGAAAAUUUGUCCACCUAGUACCACACCGCCGCAGCUGAGGCCAACAGGACGUAGUUUCUCAUGUGAACCUCCUCCCAAACCCAUCAUCCAGAGACGGGCCCAGUCUCUACCGUCACCUUCAGAAAGGCGAAGACUCAGUCGUAGAAUCGGUGUCCGAUUUGUGGACUCACUGGGCAUGAACUUAGAAAACGUUAAGGUUUUCAGAAGUGGAGAAGAUCCAUUUGUACCAGAACAUGUUCUCUUUAGACUUUUAAUGAAUGCAGAACUAGCAGCCAACAAGAGCUUGGAGAUUUCCCUACCAUAUUUGAAACCUGUGUUCCCUGAGCAACCUGGAGACUGUUCAAAUUUCCUGGAACGUUUGUGUAACCAGCAAGUGUGCUUGGAACGUGUUUUAUGUUAUGAGCCAGGCAUCAUUGGGAUCGUCCAAGUGGUUAACCUGGCCUUUGAAAAAGAGGUUAUCAUUCGUUAUUCUUUCACAAAUUGGAAGAGUUGUGCUGACACCAAGGCUUCAUGGGUUGCCAAUAAAUACAUGGAAGGCCUUUCCAGUGGAUGUAGCUGUGACAGUUUUCGGUUCCAUCUUCCUGUUCCACCAUUCAUCUUACACCCUGGAGCAGUGUUGGAGUUUGCAAUCUGUUAUAAAGUGCAGGGCACUCAGUUUUGGGACAACAAUGAGGGACAAAAUUACAAGUUGGUCUGCCAGAGCUACAAAAUCCCUGUGCCUAAAGAAUGUGAAGACAGCAUGAUACAUUUUGUCUGAUUUGCUCUGAGUCACUGUAUGUAUACAUUCACUGGCCACUUUGUUCACUACAUCUUCUUUUGUAUUUGGUGAACAUACUGUAGAUGCAUAUUAUUUGGGUGUUGGAACAUUCUCAACACACCAGACAUUAACAUGGUUGUGGCACAGUUGUGUGUGGUAUUGGCACGAGUGUCUCAGGCACAGGAGUGUUUCUUACUGUAGGUUUUAGCACUAUGUACACUUAACCUAAUAUAGUGGCCACUGAGUGUCUUCUUUUAACCAGCACAUGUUUAUUGUAUUAAAAUCAAGUAACAAUCUGAUUGCCAAAAUCUAUGACAUAGUGCCUGACAGAAUCAGAUCUCAGGUCUCCAAAUAACUAUCAUGACUAUGUAUCUUUAUAGUUGUGCAACCAGCCUGACUUUUUGUCAUAGGGCAAAAUAUGCACUAUUAGUUUAAUGUGAGCUAAAACUACUGAAUAUAAUGUAGGCUAAAAAUGUUAUAAAACGUUUUGUCACUAUUUGCCCAAUCCUUUUUUAUCUAAAGUGCCUUAGAAAUUGAUAUAAGUCGGUAAAUUGCGUUAAAUUAACUCACAGAUUUGUAAAUUUAACAAUAAAUACUUUACUCCACUCACUGUUGUUCGCGGAGAUUAGCUAGAGCGACGUGCAAUACGUGAGUGUUUUUUUUUUUUAACUGAAUCAUUGAAGCGAACGGAUCACUAGUGUCUAAACGACUCUAAACGACUCUUCCCUGUAAUGCACUCGUUCAGAUGAUAUCUGGUCGUAAUUUUUUUUAAGAUGAAAAAAGUAUGCAAUUAUGUCAAACUGUUCGUAUAAUAAAGUACGUUGUCACAAUUAUCGACAUGCCUGCACCUUAUCAGACAGAUGUGUGUUUUAUAAAACAGUGCAAUAUUUAUAUUUCAAUUUUUAUAAUGUAUAUUAUAAUAAAAUCUUUGUAAUAGCAA